AAAACUGAUUCGUAGAGAAAAAAAAGUAUAAAAAAUAGCACAACAACAACAUUGAUUUUGUAGUAUCUUUACAUUGUCCAAUGGGAGAAGAUAAAACGUCCAAAGUUGAAUUAUUUAUUCAAAAUCUAAAUGCAAACAAUGCAAAAAAGCUUGCUUUUGUGAUGGUGGUUGGUUUUACUUUUUAUCACGGAUUAUUGCAUUUACGAUACGGAAAUGAUUCAUGUAAAUGGUUGCUAAGCGAUGGAAGAUUCAAAGGCAAUAAAGAGUGGCAACCUUUUGGUUGUAUGCUUCACAAGUAUACGGAAACGGACACGCGAAAGUGCUUUCGAUAUUUAGCAUUCUGGGGUACCCAAAAUCACUUCGUUUUUAUAGGCGAUGCUCGCAUUCGAACACUGUAUCUCGAGAUGAUAAAUCAUUUGAAGCCUAAGGAUGCAAAUAACGCAUCCAUUCAGUCAACAUUAGGGAAAACAGAGAACUUACAAUUUCUGGAUUACAAACUACGCCUUCAGAUUAAUUAUAUAUAUGCGAAUGAAGUUUCCAAAAAUAUGAUUGAUGAAUUUAUUAAGUGGCAACAUGAAGAAGAUCCUCCAAGUCUUAUAAUAGCCAGCUGUACAUAUUCUACCUUUUACAAAGGAAAUUUGACCAAAGAUUUACAAAAGCUUUUCGAAAGAAAUCUUACAAAAAUGGUUCAAUCUAUAGACAGAAUAGUUUCUAAAAAGUCGAAAGUAAUUUGGAAGCUUCAGGAUCCAAUUGACCAAGGUCGUAUAAACGAUGAAUGGAAGAACGUACAAAAUGAAGACAUUGACAAAAUAAAUCAAGUGGCGUAUGACAUAUUGAGUUAUUCUGAAGCAAAAAUUUGGUCGUCAUCAAAGAUGAUAGCCUCGGGACUGAUAGAUGAAUUUAUAGAUGGAAAUCACCUAAGUAUGCUAGCGUUAAAACACGAUGUUCAGAUACUACUGAAUAUGUACUGCAAUGAUUAUAUGAAUUAUAAUGACGGAACAUGUUGCAGCAGUGCUGAAUCGUAUACAAUUAUACAAGUUAUUACAUAUGCUUUGCUGGGAGUGUGUCUCGCAAUAGCCUGUGCUAUGGUAAUCAGACGUUGGUUAAUGAGGAUUCGAGGAGUCAACAUUUAUAUGCCGUUAAGUCAAGCUACAUCGACCACUGCCACGGAUUCACAGUCACCCAUUCUGGCAUUGGCAUCAUUAGCGUUUAUAAUGGGAUAUUUCUAUCUAUGUGAUCGAACAAAUUUCUUCAUGAAGGAGAACAAAUAUUAUUCAGAGUUCAGCUUUUGGAUUCCAGUUGGCUAUGUGUUCGUCCUGGGUUUGUUUUUCACCGAAGAUAGCAAAUUUACUAAAGUUUUGCACCGCGAUCAGACUGAUGAGUUUAAGGGAUGGAUGCAACUAGUUAUUCUGAUUUACUAUAUGACAGGCGCAUCACAUGUUCUACCGAUUUACAUGCACAUCAAAGUACUCAUCAGUGCAUAUCUCUUUCUCUCUGGAUAUGGACACUUUACAUACUGCUGGCAAACCGGUAAUACGGGAAUUGUUAGAUUUUUUCGUGUGAUGUUUAAAAUCAAUUUUCUGACUGUGGUAUUAUGUUUAUGCAUGAAUCGACCAUAUCAGUUCUAUUUUUUCGUGCCACUUUUAUCCUUCUGGUACUGUAUGACUUACUUUUUAUCUUCGAUUCCUCCACGGAUUUCUGCCCAAAGCUCUGAGAACAACGCUUACCAAUACCUAUAUGUGGUACUAAAAUUUGUUUGUAUGUUGAGUAUAAUCACAGUACUUUAUCUGAGCGAAGUAUUCUUUGAACGAAUUUUUGUUACUCGUCCAUGGAAGGCGCUGUUUGUUACGACAGAUGACGAUAUUCACGAAUGGUGGUAUCGCUGGAAGUUAGAUCGUUAUACAAUUACCUACGGCAUGAUUUUUGCAGCCAUCUCUCAUAUCGCUCAAAGAUAUUAUAUUUUUGAUGACAAUAAUCACGGGAACUUAUUUUCGCGACGAAUAUCACUAACAUCAACUCUAGCUGCUUUCAUAGGAAUUGGAUUCUACACGACGUGGAGUUUUUUCUGUCGGAAUAAGCAGAAUUGUGAGGAAAUUCAUUCGUAUGUUGUUUUCAUUCCUAUCGUAGGUUACAUUCUACUAAGAAAUAUUUCUGGUAUCCUUCGCACUCGGUACUCUACAUUUUUUGCUUGGUUCGGGCGAAUAUCAUUAGAAUUAUUCAUAUGUCAGUACCAUAUCUGGUUAGCUGCCGAUAAGAAUGGUGUGUUGGUACUGUUACCCGGGUUUCCAACGCUUAAUGUAUUGAUAACUUCUUUUAUAUUUGUUUGUGUUUCACAUGAAAUUCAUCGUUUAACAACAGUAUUACUACCAUAUGCUGUACCCAACGAUUGGAAGCUAGUACUCCGUAACAUGCUAAUAUUUGCAGUAGUGCUUAUUCCGAUUGGCCGCUAUGAUGGAAUGUUCUGAAGACUAAAGUGAUUGUUUCUACAUUUAUAUACGAAAAUAAUGCCGUUCAAGUAACCAAUAAGCAAACAAUUAACUAAUGUAACCAGUAAGAGAACAUGUAGAAAUGAAUCAAAAUAAAUGUUGUUUCCUUAA